AUGUCCCACGAAGGCGAAGAAGAUUUAUUGGAAUACUCCGAUAACGAACAGGAGAUUCAGGUAGAGGCUUCCAAGGCUAACGAAGCGGCUGCUGGGGAAGCCACUGAGUCUGGAGAGACAGCCGGUGAUGCUGAUAAAAAGGGUUCCUACGUCGGUAUCCAUUCGACUGGUUUUAAGGACUUUUUGUUGAAGCCAGAGCUUUCGAGAGCAAUCAUCGAUUGUGGUUUCGAGCACCCAUCAGAAGUUCAACAACACACCAUCCCUCAAUCGAUUCAUGGUACGGACGUUUUGUGUCAAGCUAAGUCUGGUUUGGGUAAAACUGCCGUGUUCGUUCUCUCUACUUUGCAACAGCUGGACCCUGUUCCUGGUGAAGUUUCCGUUGUCGUCAUCUGUAACGCCAGAGAAUUGGCCUACCAAAUUCGUAACGAAUACUUGAGAUUUUCAAAGUAUAUGCCAGAUGUUAAGACUGCUGUUUUCUAUGGUGGUACGCCAAUUGCCAAGGAUGCCGAACUAUUAAAGAACAAGGAGACAGCUCCUCAUAUUGUUGUUGCCACACCAGGUCGUUUGAAGGCCCUUGUUAGAGACAAGAUAAUUGAUCUAUCUCAUGUCAAGAACUUUGUUAUCGACGAAUGUGACAAAGUUUUGGAGGAAAUUGAUAUGAGAAAGGAUGUUCAGGAUAUUUUCAGGGCCACUCCAAGAGAUAAGCAAGUUAUGAUGUUUUCUGCCACUUUGUCUCAAGAAAUUAGACCAAUCUGCAGGCGUUUCCUACAAAAUCCAUUGGAAAUUUUCGUGGAUGACGAAGCUAAGUUGACAUUACAUGGUCUACAACAAUACUUCAUCAAGGUUGAAGAGCGCGAAAAGAAUCGUAAACUGGCGCAAUUGUUGGAUGACUUGGAAUUCAACCAAGUUAUUAUUUUCGUGAAAUCCACGGUGAGAGCUAAUGAAUUGACUAAGCUAUUGAACGCAUCCAACUUCCCAGCAAUUACUGUUCAUGGUGGUAUGAAACAAGAAGAGCGUAUCGCCCGUUACAAGGCUUUCAAAGAAUUCGAAAAGCGUAUUUGUGUAUCUACCGACGUCUUUGGCAGAGGUAUUGAUAUUGAGCGGAUCAACUUGGCAAUCAAUUACGAUUUGCCAAGCGAAGCUGACCAAUAUUUGCAUCGUGUCGGUAGAGCUGGUAGAUUUGGUACUAAAGGUCUGGCAAUCUCUUUUGUUGCAACAAAAGAAGACGAAGAGAUACUUGCUAAGGUUCAAGAUCGUCUGGAUGUUAAAAUCACUGAGUUCCCAGAGGAAGGUGUUGAUCCAUCGACCUAUUUGAACACCUAA